UAAUACUAUGUGCUAAUUUACUACUCUAUGAGGUCUAACAUCCGUGACUUUGAUUAAUAAUACCAACCAACACUUGCGCGGUCUUGCACUUACUCUUUUCACACUCUCUAACUUUUCUCUCUUCUUUCUCUCAAUUCUUCAUCCACAAUAACCUUUUCUAUCAAUCUCAAAAACUCCAUGCACAAUAUGUUGUGAAGUUAUAUCCAAAUUAAGCAGUAACAUUUCUCUCAUCAGUUGCUGAUGGGAAGAAAAGGAGGAAGUUGGUUCUCUUCUGUCAAGAAAGUUUUCAAGUCUUCUUCAUCUUCUAAGGACACGUCAGUGCCGGUCUCCACGCCGGUGCAGCCGGAGAAAAAGAAGGAAAACAAAGAGAAAUUGGAGCAUGAAGUGGCAGAGGAGGUAUCCUUUGAGCAUUUUCCAGCAGAGAGUUCACCUGAUGAUGUGACAAAUGAGGGGAGUACAACAUCAACACCAGUUAGAGAUGAUAGAAAUCAUGCCAUUGCAGUUGCAGAAGCCACUGCAGCAGCAGCUUCAGCUGCUGUGGUAGCUGCUCAAGCAGCUGCUAGAGUUGUGAGAUUGGCUGGUUAUGGACGCCAUAACAAGGAAGAAAGAGCAGCAACAUUCAUUCAAUCACACUAUAGAGGAUACCUAGCUCGACGUGCAUUACGCGCAUUGAAAGGGUUAGUGAGGCUGCAAGCGUUGGUGCGGGGGCACAAUGUGCGCAAGCAAGCUCAGAUGACAAUGCGGUGUAUGCAAGCAUUAGUGCGGGUGCAGGCGCGAGUGAGAGCACGCCGAGUUCAAUUGAGUCAUGAAUGUCUCGAGAAAGCAAUGGAGGAAGAUGAAGAAGAAGAAUUUGUGAGGCAACAUGAGACUAUUACUAAGCCUAUGAGUCCCAUGAGGAGGUCAUCAGUCAGUAGUAACAAUAAUAAUGGUUGGGAUAACAAGUGUCAAAGUGUAAAAAAAGCUAAAGAAAAUGAUUUGAGAAAACAUGAAGCUGCAAUGAAGAGGGAGAGAGCUCUUGCAUAUGCUUUCAAUUAUCAACAGCAACAACAAAAGCAGCAUUUACAUAGAAACUCAAAUGGUGAUGAUGUUGAUAUGGGAACCUACCAUCCCAAUGAUGAUGAAAAAGUCCAAUGGGGUUGGAACUGGUUAGAACGUUGGAUGUCAUCACAACCCUACAAUGUAAGACACAUGGUCCCACGUGAGAGCUCUUAUAUGACACUUCCUUCAACAACAUCAACAACAACAGAUAACAUGUCUGAAAAAACAGUAGAAAUGGACAUCAUGGCAACACCAAGCAGAGGCAACUUCAAUAUGGGCCCCAUGGGCUUGAUGGCCCAAGAGUUUCAUGAUUCAAGUCCAACUUUCAAUCGGCAGCAUCAACGACCACCAAGCCCAGGUAGGCCAAGCUACAUGGCCCCAACUCAAUCCGCAAAGGCUAAGGUUAGGGCUGAAGGCCCGUUUAAGCAGAGGGCUCCAUAUGGACCUAACUGGAACUCAUCGAUAAAGGGAGGAUCAAUUAUUGGAUCGGGGUGUGACUCGUCUAGCUCGGGUGGUGGAACGUCUGCUUACAAGUUUCCGAGAAGCCCAGGCCCGAAAGUUAAUGGUGUUCGUUCGGAGUCUAGAAGGACUGUGGGUGGUAGUCAAGACUAUACCGAGGAUUGGGCCGUUCCACUUGGAGCCCAUGGUUGGGCUUAAUUUGGUUUUUUGAAAAAUAAUAACAAAGUGUGUAUAUGCUAUGUGAUUCAUCAUAUAUGAUGUGGAUUGGUAUUUAUGGACAGUUUAAUAAUGUGGUUGAUGUCAUGAACAAGUUUUUGAGAUUGUAAUUUCUAUAUUUAAUAUUUUGUAUUACAUGUAA